GGUUAGUUUUAGUACCUGUAUUUUAUUUUUGAUGCAACGUUUGCCUGCUGUUAUUACAGUGCUACUUUGAUAAUUUUGGGCUAUUAUAUGCUUUUACAACCGUAUUUUAGUUUCUGAAUCCUUUAAUUCACUGCUUGGUUUUGAAAAAGCAGUAAAUGGAGAGUGAGGACGCUCCAGCCCAGCGGCCAGUCACUUUGGACAUCACAGUAGAGGAUGUCACCCAGGAGGCUCCAUCCCCACAUCCUCCAGAGUCAGCUCGCAGUCCUACUCCUGCCAGAGAUAAUAUCCUGCUACAGGGAGAGAGCAUCGACCUGGGGGGAGACUUUGCAACACCCCAGGGAGACAGCAGUGCUUCACCGUCAGAAAGUCUGAUGGACAAGCUCAAUGACCAAAUGAUGGAGAGUGUCAUUAUCUCAGAUUCAGCCAAUAACAGUGAGGAGGAGGAUGUUGCGCCCAUUGACUCAUUCCUCGAAUGUGGCGCUGAUGAAGGAAAUGAAAGAUAUACAUCAUGUGACACUGAGGAACAGACUGACUGCAUACAGGUUAUGACCGAGACUGACAAUUCAAAUGUGGAGCAUAAAGAAGAUUCUGAGAAAAAAGAGGAGCUAAAACCAAGAGAGCGUUCAAAUUCAUCUCACACUGACACACAGUGUCCACCAAGUUUUGAAAGUCAGCAACCAGUUUUGGAAAGUCGGACAAAUAUCAAAGAUGAGCCUGUCCCAGUUUGCACUAUAUUUAGUCAGAGUAAGCAGUCAAAUUCCCUGAUACCUGAUGGCUUCCAGCCCAUCCUCAUCAAGUCCCCCAGCUUUAGUAUGGGGAGUGGUGGGGGAGGUGAUGAAGCGGUAACCCCCAGCAAGUUGAACAUUCCACUCGUAUGCCAGCCUAGCCCUAGUCUCAGCAAAUUCUUCAGUGACAAUGGGCAGGCCAAUCCCGCCUCUGAUUUUUUCGAUUCCUUCAUGGCCCCAUCAUCCUUCAUCUCUGUCUCUAACCCCAAUGCAGAGAUCCCUCCAGGCCCAACUGCAGCACCUAUAGCCACAAACCCCCAACAGCUAUCUUUUGCAUCCUCCUCCCCUAGUGUUACCACUCCUCACUCAGGACAUAGGCCCGCCACUCCUCCUGAUUUCGGAGUCAAGUGCCAGUCUCCUCCAUCUCCAAGUCAACCCCUUGCCUCAGCUCCAGUCACUCAGUUGCAGUCUUUCAACCAGCUCCAGGCUGUGUUCUCAGGAAGUGACGAUGCAUUUGCAACGGCGCUCAGUCUGAGCGAGGUGGACAGACGCCAUGAUGCAUGGCUGCCAUCUGAGGAGACUAGGAAGUCAUUGCUCCCCAUGGCCUCACAACAGUAUAGCCUAGCGUAUGCUGAGAGUAACAGACUCACCAUGCCCGGUCUUAAGUUUGACAACCUUCAGGAUGAUGCUGUAAAAGAUUUAAUGCUUCGAUUCUUGGGCGAGCAAGCGGCUAUGAAACGACAAGUUCUCACUGCCAACUCUGUGGAACAGUCCUUCCUGGGUCUCAAACAGCUCAUUAGUAGUAAGAACUGGCGAGCAGCAGUUGAUCUGACAGGCCGUCUUUUGACAGCUCAUGGCCAGGGAUAUGGAAAAGCUGGACAGCCGACUUCCCAUACCACUCACUCACUGCAGCUUUGGUUCGUACGUUUGGCCCUUCUGACCAAGCUUAACCUCUUUCAAAAUGCUGAGCUGGAAUUUGAGCCUUUUGGUGACCUGGAUCAACCAGACCUCUUUUAUGAGUACUAUCCCACUGUAUAUCCUGGGAGAAGAGGCUCCAUGGUGCCAUUCUCCAUGCGGUUACUGCAUGCUGAGCUUCCCCAGCACCUGACUAAGCCCCAGGAGGCUCUGGACCGCCUGCACAAUCUCAAAACUGUCUGCCUCACAAUCAUGGAGAACUUGGAGAAAGGCUUGGCUGAGGAUGGCAGCAUCAUCACACUAACAGAGGAGAAUCGGCAAGAAUCUCUGAAGCUGUGGAAAUCUCGUCUCAGUCGAGUCCUCUACUCCAUGGCCAACUGUCUGCUGGUGAUGAAGGACUAUGUUCUGGCUGUUGAAAUCUAUCAGUCCAUCAUCCAGUAUGAACCCCAGCAGAGAGCGCAGCUGCUCAGUGGCAUAGGACGCAUCUUUUUGCAGAUUGGAGACAUUAAAACAGCUGAGAUGUAUUUCUCCAAUGUGGAGGAAACAUCCCAGAUGACAGACAAAGAGCCGUGCCUCACAACUUGUGUCUUGAUGAACAGGGCAUUUGUCUACCUCAGUCAGAACAACUAUGCUGAAGCACAUGGAUCCUUCAUGGAAGUUUUAAAGAUGGAUCCAAAAAAUCCAGUUGCCAACAACAACGCAGCAGUGUGCUUGCUCUACCUGGGCCGUCUCAAGGAAUCCCUGGGCAAGCUCGAAGGCCUGGUGCAGCAAGACCCAGCCCUCUACCUCCACGAGAGCGUUCUCUUCAACCUAACCACUAUGUAUGAACUGGAAUCUUCCCGCAGCACCCAAAAGAAGCAGGCGCUCUUGGAGGCUGUUGCUUGCCGUGAAGGAGACAGCUUCAAUACUCAGUGCCUCAAACUGGUUUGAAAAACUUGAGGAUGGGUGAAACCGCACAUGAUCUACUGUACAAGCAACCCACCACCACCCUCCUAAUGUGGGUCUUGAAGAAGAGAGAGAUGACCGUUAAGUGCUUGGAUUGGUUUUUCAAAGGCAUUUUCAAAAUAUUGACGCCAUUAGUUUUCUUCUACCAAAAAUAAGAGGCUAAACGCCAUCUGUAGACAUUAAAGUUAAGGAAUGCUUUGAUAAUUGGGAAAUGCAUAAUGCACAAUAUUUGACAUUUUGUUUUUGAUUUUGGGUACACUAUUAUAAAGUACUUCUUAAAACCUUGACUAUUCAAACAAUUUUUUUCCUGAUGACACAUUUAGUUAAACUCUGGCAAAUUAAGAUUGAUUGAAAAUUUCAGAAAUAGUAUAAUUAAAACACUUCCGUUCUUAUUACAUAAGGCCAGACAUUAAAGACACACUUAAACUCCACUGUAUGUUGACAUUUUGACUGUUGAAGUUGUAGUGCAGAAGUGUCUUGGUAUGUUCCUGUACUCAAGAUCAUAAAGUACAAAAAUGUUAUGUUGGCAUAUGUCAACGGGCUUUGAUGCAAAGCCCACUGCCUCAAAGAUGGUAUUUAAUUAUAUGAAUACAGUGUUGGUCUACUUUUUGCAGCUGCUGUAACAGCAUCCACUCUUGUGGGAAAGUUUUUAACAAGGUUUAGGAGUGAGUUUAUUGGAAUUUUUGGUCAUUCUUCCAGGAGCGUAUAUGUGAGGACACACACUCAAGUUGGACGAGAAGGCCUGGCUCACUGUCAAUUCAAAAACAACCCAAAGGUGUUCUAUCAGAUUGUGUCCAGGACAGUCAAGUACAUCCAUACCAAAUUCUUUGAUUCUUGUGUCCAGAGACAUGUUGGAACAGGAAGGGGUAAUACCCAAACUGUUUGACUGUCCCAACAUCUCAUUGUAUGCUAAAGCAUUCAGUUCCUUUCACUGGAUCUCACGAGCUAAUAUGUUGUACAGUCCCAAUUUUGUGGAAAAUUUGGAGAUGGUGGCUUUCUGUUGCAACUUGCAUCAUUACACAAAUCAAGGUUCAUAAAGAUCCAGAUGACAAUUUGAUCUCGAUGAACAUUACUGGCCUGUACAAUCCUGACCUCAACCCUGUAGAACAUUUGUGCGUAUGUGUGUUUUUAUUUUGUAUACAGUUCCCUCCAAAUGUAAUGGAAUGGCAAGGUCAAUUCCUGUUUUUGUUGUAUUUUGAAGGCAUUUGUGUUUCAGAUCAAAAGAUGAAUAUGAGACAACAGUUUAAAAUUCCAGCUUUUAUUUCAUGGUAUCUAGUUCAAGAUACUGUACGUUUAACAGCUCACAACAAAACACCUUUUUUUAAAAAAAAUUUAAAGCCAUCAACUUUUUAACUGACCUUAAGUAUGGGAACAAACAUUAUUAAGAAAACAAAGUGACUCACAUUCACUAUUUCGUGGAAUAACCCUUACUUCCAAUAACUGCAUCAAGGUGCCGACUCAUUGACUUCACUGGAUUGUUGCAUUCUUAAUCUGAAAUGUUUUUACGGCCCUUUAUGCACCCUCUUUCUUUCCACCUUACCCCCCAAUAUUCCUAUUGGGUUAAGGCGCGGUUAUUGACUUGGCCAGUGUAAGACCUUUGACUUUGUCCCCUGAUGAAGUCCUUUGCUGGGGCAGUGUGUUUUGGGUCAUUUUCUGGUUGCAUGAUGAAGGUUCCCCUGAUUAGUUUGGAUGCUUUAUUUAUUUAUUUUUUUUUUGUGAAUUGCCAGGAAAAUUAUUUUGUCCAGGUAUACUUGUAUGCAAAAAAAAAAAAAAAAGAAUAUCGAUGGUAAGUUCUUUUAUUUCAAUAAUUUGUUUCAAAAAAUGAGAUAUAUGCUAUAAUAGUUCACUACACACAAUGUGAACAUUUUCAAGCCUUUGUAUGUUUGGAUGAUUGUGGCCGAAAGAGAAAAAAAAUCAAAAUCCAUAUUUAGCAAAAUUGGAAUAUCAUGAAAAAGUUUAACAUUGUAAGUUCCCUGUGUCCCAGUCUUGUCAGCUAAAUAACGCAAAACAUCUGCAGUUUUUCUUCAGCCUUUAAAUGGUCUCACUCUGGCUUGGUAGGCUUCAGAAUAAUGGGGAGAAAAUGUCCAUAUAUGUCUGAGUACAUUACCAAAAUGUUAAGAAAAAGGGAGAGACGUGGCCAGAAAAGUUACAAGGGAUGACUGCAGCUUUGAGACAAUUGUCAAGCAUUGGUGAUUCAGAAAUCUGGAAGAACUUCACAAAGAGAUAAGGACUGAGGUUGAUUUCUCAAGAACCACCACAUACAGACGUCUUUGACUUGGGCCACUGCUGUAGAAUUCCAUGUGUCAAGCCACUCAACAAAAAAUAUCAGAAGGGGUCUGAGGAAAAAGUACUGAAAUGUUGGCCAGUGGUCCCUAGUCCUCUUUGCAGAUGAAAUUACAUUUCGCAUUUCAUUUGGAAAUCAAGGUCCCAUAGUCUGGAAGAAAGCUGGACACGUACAGAAGUCUAGUGUGGAGUUUCCACAGUAAGAAAGAGUCUAGAGAACCAUGUCAUGACUGGAUGUAUGAUAUUAUUGUCUGGUAUCCAGUUCACAGUCUACACACAGCUCCCUGCUCUCAACGAGACAAUUUUAUUUUCCAUCAGGAUUUGGCACCUGCCCACAAAGCCAAAACUACCAAUACCUGGUUUAAUAGCCAUGAAAUAACUUGAUUGAUCAGCAAACUCACCUGACUUGACCCCACUGAAAAUUGAUGGCGUAUUGUCAAGAACAGAACAGAAGAACAACAGAAACCUCGAAAUGCAGAGGAUAUGAAGGCCAUUAUCAAAGCAACUUGGGCUACAAUAAGUGUGCAAAAGGCUGACCACCUCCAUGCCACACUGCUGUAAUUAAUGCAAAAGGAGGCCCAACAAAUCACCGCAGGCAUAUUUAAUACACUUUCCAGAAAGCCAACAUUUCUGUUUAAGAUCCUUUUUUUUGUUUUGUUUUGUUUUAUGAAAUACUGGAUGUUUAUUUUUUGUCUUUCUGCCAUAAUCAUCAAAUUAGGGACACACAAACACUUGAAAUAUUUCACUUUGUCUGGUGGAGUAAUUUACAAGUUUUACAUUUUUUUUAAUUUAUUGAAAUAAAUGGACUUUCCCUCAAUGUUCAAUUUUUUGGGCACAUACCUAUAUGACUUCAAAGUUCAUUCUGCUCCUUCCAUCAUGAGAUUCCAGAAGCAUUCACGCAAGUCCAACCCAUGACGUUACAGUACCCCCUGCCCCCCAAACAUGCUUCACAGAUGAGCAUGUGUGGUUUGGAUCAUAAGCAGUCUUUCUUUCACCAUGCUUUGGCCUUUCCAUCACUUUAGUAGAGGUUAAUCAUGGUCUCAUCACUCCAUAAAACUGUGAAAACUUCUGUGCUGCCGUACUUAUUUGCAAAAUCCAAUCUUCUGAUUUUUUUUUGCUGAUCGUGUGGUAUGACCUGUAUAUUUCCUCUCUCAAAGUCUUCUUUGAAGUUGAUUGUUCAGGACUCAAAUUCAAAUUCAUCCAGUCUUAUCCAUGUAUUUAUGGAUCUUCCUUUAUACACUAGUGCACAGUCACGUAACUUCAUAAAAACACCUUUGGGAUAAAUGAUCUUGUUGGCUAAGAGCCUGGCCUUCUUGCCCAACACUACUGUGUGACCUCACAAAUGCUUUUCAGUAGAAUUAAAGCUGUAAAAUAGAUUAAACUCCAUUGAUUAAGAAGGACAUGUCACUUCAGAUCAUAUGUCAGUCUAGCCAAGUGAGUGAAUAUCUUUGCAAUAGUGUGCAAUAUAGUGAUAUACCACCAGUUGGUGUUUUCGGUGUUGGGUAACAAAAUGGUUUCUGGGUGAUUCUGCUGGGUUCUACUCAAUUAGAUUCUAUCAAACCUGCAGGGUCACAUGGUGAGACGAGCUGAGGUUGAACAUAAACAUGAAAUUUUCCUCCAGCCAUUAUUUCAUACAAUUUGUGUGACAAGGGCAUUAUACUGAGACUUAUUAUGCUUAAAGUCCAUUAGGCAUGCACUGCAUGGGUCCUUUUUAAAACUUCUCCAGUCAGAAAACACAGAUAAAACUAUACUGGAUAAACUCUCUAAUGCCACUCAAAUUAAGUUUCUCUUGUUGAGGUCUAUUAACUCAUACAAUAUACAUAAACUACUGUGAUUUUAUUGUAAUUUCCUGCGUGUGCAAGUACUGGUAUAUACUGUACAUUGUGAAUAUUGUGUGUGUGUGUAUGAAAAUACAAUGGUUAUUUUUCAAAAAUAAAUAAUUGGCAUAAUUGUGUUCUUAAAAGCAUUCAAUAUCACUGUUUUUGUAUAGUAGUCAUCAUUAUGAAUGUUCUUAAUAAAAGCAGUUACUUUAAACUGCAUAAGGAAACUCUAUACCCUACUUUCUUUGUCGAGAGUGACAUUUUAUUGUCAUGAGGGGUGGGUGUCAUGUUGCAUGAAUUUCUUAUUAUGCUGCUGGAUUUAUA